AUGCUCGGACUCCGGUUCUCUCCCCUGCUGGCCCUCGUGCUGCUCGCAGGCGCCGUCAUCGCAGCGCCCGCGAAGUCCGACGACGCUCGGCUCAUCCAGUUCAAGGAUGCGUCCGGUGCCCUCCAGACUGAAUGGGUCUCUGUCUCUGCGCUGGAGUACCUCGCAGAGAACCGCGGGAACACCGACCGUACUGCGGACGAACUCACGGGCAUCUCCUCCGCCGCCCUCGACGCCAUCACCAGUGUCAACCGCGGACCCGGCUUCCUCGACGUCACCGGCUUCAAGGAGGAGGGUACGGCGAGCAAGCGCUCCCUGACGAAGCGCGCAUACGCUGCGCCGAGUCCGUCGAAGUACCCUUUCCUGCAGAGCACGUACUUCGGCCAAGUCGAUGCGGAUAGCCUGUACGAUAUCGUGGACACCCUGUCGAACAACUACACGACGCGGGCGUACCGGAGCACGAAUGCGAGGGCGCCGGCGUUGUGGAUCCAGCAGCAGUUCCAGGCUAGCUUGGGGAGCUCGAACGUGCAGCUUAUUGAAAACUCUUUCAAUCAGCCAAAUGUUAUCGCCAAGAUUCCUGGCAAGAACAGCACCGAGUCUGUCAUCCUGGCUGCCCACCUCGACUCGACGGUCGGAAGCGCUUCAAGCUCCAGCCGCGCUCCUGGUGCCGAUGACGACGCUUCCGGCAUCGCCGUCCUCCUCCAAACUGCCAAAAUCCUCGCCGCCAACAACUACCAAGGCUCGCGCACCAUCGAGUUCCACGCCUACGCCGGCGAAGAGGGCGGGCUGCUCGGCUCGCAAACCGUCGCGCGCCAGUACGCUUCCUCUGGCGUAGAUGUCGCCGCGAUGCUUCAGAUGGACAUGGUCGCGUACCAGACGCGGAGCAAGCCCGUGCUGACGGUGCUGACGGACACGGACUCGUCGUUGGUGUCGUGGAGCCAGCAGCUCCUGAAGGCGUAUUUGAGCAGCGACUCGAUCUAUACGAGCAGGUGUGGGUAUGCGUGCUCGGACCAUUUCUCGUGGGAGGACCAGGGCUAUCCUGCGGUGUCAAUCGACGAAAGCGGGCCCAACGAUGCAUACCUCAAUCCGUACUACCACAGCUCGCGGGACACAAUCGACAAGUUGGACUUCACCAAGGCAGCGGAGUUCGUGAAGAUGGCGCUGGCAUUCUCUGUCGAGCUGGCCGCGUAA